AUGGCAUAUGCCCAUGUACAUGCACCAACCUACCCAGGUGGCCUGCCCCCUCCCAGCGUGCCCAUUCCGCCGGCCCCGCACAGCAUGCCAUCCCCAGGUGGCACAGGGGUGACGUGGCCACCAGGCGCUGUGGGGCAGAUGACAUAUGGGCCAUAUGCUCCCCCUGACCAGCACAUACAGAGCAGGAGGCAGCAAAUAUCGCCAGGCCUGCUAGCGUCUGGCCCUAUGGUGUGCACAACAGCCCGUACACAGUACUCCCCCGUGCCAGGCUCCUUUGUGCCGGUCUCCCCUGGGCCAGUCUACUACCCUUUGCCGAUGCAAGAAGCCCGAGUGACGGUAGAGUGUCACAUCGCAACAGCGCUUGUGAAAAUUGAGUUUUUGGUGGAUGGGUCCCGUUCCUUUGGUGGUGCUGGAGUUUUAUUCUUGCCAAAGAACCAUGAUACGACAGUGACAGAAGUAACGAUAGAGAACACGACAAGAGAUUCAGUUUUUGCCACCUUGGUGGUGCCAAAAGAUGAAGCAAAACGAUACGCGAAGUCGCCCAAUAACAAACCUAUUGAUCCCAGACCGGCGGGUCCAAACAAUCCAGAGCUGUUCAGCAUCAGUUUUGGAAGCAUCAGUACUGGAGACGUGUUCAAAGUGACAGUGCAUUGCUUCCAGCCGCUCUGGUUCCAAGAGGGCAUGUACCAAUUGCAAUUUCCCAUGGUGUGGCCCCGCCAAGUGGUGAGCGGACCUGGGAGUCUUCAGUCGAUGAUGCAAAUAAAUUGCAGCAUCAACACAGGCAUCCCAACAGAAGUGACCUGGGAAUGCCCGACCCACAAGAUGCUGGAACAUAAUGUACAGCCUGGAAGAGUGGAAUUGGUUGCCGACAGAGAGGUGCAGUGGGGCAACAAAGAUUUUAUGAUAGGGUACCAUGUCUGGGGCAAUGCCAUUGUGGCAUCUGUGAACAUUCAGCCACCAAAUGCGGACAGAGCAACAAGCGACCCACGGGGAACCUUCUCCCUGGCAAUUUCCCCACCUGCACCAGGAGUUACGCAGCCUUUUAUGAAAAGCGUUGUUUUCCUUGUGGAUCGCUCGCGAACUAUGGUGCGCCCACGGAUAGACUAUGUGAGGAAUGCGCUCAUGGAGGGCUUGGACAUGCUGAGCCCUGUGGACCACUUCAACAUCAUCGCCUAUGACCAUGAGCAGAUAACCUUGUCGGCAGAGUUGAUGAAAGCGACCCCAGAAAACAUCGCCACUGCCAAGAACUGGAUCAUUGGGCAUGUGGUGGAACGAGGUGGCAUGGACAUCUUGACGCCUAUCCUCCAGGCCCUCCAAAUUCUGCAGGAUACCAUGUACAUGCCUUAUGUGUUCCUGUUGACAGCAGGAGCUGUGGAAAAUGAGCGGGAUAUUGCUCAGUACCUCCAGAGAGCUGUACAACAUGCAGAGGCUUCCAACAGGAGGAUCCCUCGGGUGUCGACUUUUGCAAUAGGGCACAACUGCAACCACUACUUCUUGAAGCAACUUGCUGUCAUUGGCCGAGGCACAUUUGAUGUGGCCUCUGGGCCCUUUGAUAUUCAGGUUCAAAUUCGGCAGAUGUUUGAAGCAGCAUCGAGGCCAGUGCUGACAAACGUGCGAAUCAGAAUGGAAGGUCUAUCUGAGGUGGAAGUAUACCCUUACCCCAUCCCAGACCUGUUUGUGGGACUUCCACUGUCAGUGUGUGGGAAGUACAGUGGGGCCUUCCCUGGUGAGAUACAGAUAUUGGGAGACCUGCCGAAUGGCGACGAGUGGUGUCAAGACGUCCAUACCACGCAGGCGGCUGCGAUGUCUCUUGACAAAGUGUUCAUCAAACAGCGCCUGGACGUUCUGAGUGCCCUGGCAUGGUUCAAUGAUGAUGCGGAGAUUGUGAAACAGAUCAUCAACGAGAGCAUGCGGCACAGCGUCGUGACGCAGCAUACGGCUAUGAUGGUGCUGGAAUCCACAAAGAGUAAGCACCAAGAGAUGGUGAAGGAGAAAGCACAAGGGAAGAAGUUCAAUCCCAAGAAAUUUGCUGUCGGUGGCGCUGCCGGCCUCGUCGCUAUUGUUGGAGCAACAUCGAUACUCUCAGGCAAUCCGGUACCUCCGCUUCCAGGGGAAUGCUGUGGGGACUGCUGGGGGGACAUCGGGGAUUGCGUGAAAAGCUGCACGCAAGAAACGGGGGAGUGCAUGUCCGACGUGGGGAAAGCGUGCAACAAUUUUAUGGAGUGUUUAAGCAACUGCUGUUUCUAA